AUGACACCGAAGCCGGCAGCUGAUCCUCUAGCUCCAAUAGACAAGACCGCACAGGAGCAGCGCAAGGCAGAUUGGGCCAUCAUAAAGGAGAUGUCACAAUACCUCUGGCCUAGGGACAGCAUAGGCACCAAGAUGCGUGUGGGACUGGCCGUCUCGCUUCUCGUCGGUGCAAAGGUGCUCAAUGUCCAAGUGCCAUUCUACUUCAAGAGCAUAGUGGAUGCCAUGAAUAUCGACAUUGCCUCUGUCGGAGGGACAGCGACGACGGUCGCAGGCACCAUGAUACUGGCAUACGGCGCGACAAGGAUAGGCGCCACCGUCUUCCAGGAACUGCGCAAUGCUGUGUUCGCGUCAGUGGCCCAGAAGGCAAUCCGCAAGGUCGCUCGGGAUGUCUUUGAUCACCUGCUUCGCCUGGACCUGGGCUUCCACCUCUCCAAGCAGACAGGAGGCCUGACCCGCGCCAUUGACCGAGGAACCAAGGGCAUCAGCUUCCUCCUGACCAGCAUGGUCUUUCACGUCAUCCCUACUGCCCUCGAGAUCACCAUGGUGUGCGGCAUCCUGACUUACCAAUACGGCGGGUCUUUUGCAGCAAUCACCGCCCUGACUAUGGCUACAUAUACCGCGUUCACCAUCUGGACGACGGCGUGGCGCACAAAGUUCCGCCGACAGACCAAUGCCGCUGACAACAAGGCUUCUACGGUGGCUGUGGACUCGCUCAUCAACUACGAGGCCGUCAAAUACUUCAACAAUGAGAAGUUCGAGAUCGCCCGUUACGACAAGGCUUUGGAGCAGUACGAGAAGGCCUCCAUUAAGGUUGCCACGAGUCUGGCGUAUCUCAACAGUGGCCAGAAUAUCAUCUUCUCUAGUGCCCUGACCGCCAUGAUGUAUCUUGGCGCCAAUGGGGUCGCGUCGGGGAACCUGACGGUCGGUGAUCUGGUCAUGAUCAACCAGCUCGUUUUUCAGCUCUCUGUGCCCCUCAACUUCCUAGGCUCUGUAUACCGCGAGCUGCGCCAGAGUCUACUGGAUAUGGAAACCCUCUUCAACCUGCAGAAGGUUAAUGUGACCAUCACUGAACCACCUAACGCGAAGCCUCUAGCUCUUACCAAAGGAGGCGAGAUCCGUUUUGAAAAUGUCACUUUCCGAUACCACACUGACAGGCCGAUCCUGCGCAAUCUGAAUCUGGUCAUUCCUGCCGGCAAAAAGGUUGCCAUCGUCGGCCCCUCAGGCUGCGGCAAAUCAACCCUGUUACGACUGCUGUUCAGGUACUACGACAUCCAGCAAGGCCGGGUCCUGAUCGACGAUCAAGACAUCCGUCAGGUGCAGGUUGACAGCCUGAGACGCGCCAUUGGCGUUGUUCCACAGGAUACGCCGCUGUUCAACGACACCGUGGGGCACAAUAUCCGCUAUGGUGAUGUUACUGCGCCGCACGAGCGUGUAGUGGCCGCUGCCAAGCGCGCCCGAAUUCACGACACGAUCGUCUCCUGGAAGGAAGGUUAUGAGACAAAAGUCGGUGAACGCGGCUUGAUGAUUUCGGGCGGAGAGAAGCAGAGACUGGCCGUGUCGCGUUUACUGCUCAAAGAUCCUCCCCUCUUGUUCUUUGACGAGGCCACCAGCGCACUGGAUACACAUACGGAACAGGGAUUAAUGCAGAAUAUCAACUCUAUCUUGAAGGAGAAGGGUCGUACGAGCGUGUUUGUGGCUCACCGGCUGAGGACGAUCCAUGAUGCCGACCUGAUUGUUGUGUUGCGGGGCGGUAGUGUUGUGGAGCAAGGCACGCACAAGGAGCUGGUGGACCGGGGCGGGGUGUACUCCGAGCUCUGGAGUGUACAAGAGACGCUGUUCCACGAGAAUGGAGAAGAGGGAAAGGACACAGAGGCUGACGAGUCGGAAGACGAGCCUCGAAAGUGAAGAUAGCAUCCGUCACACUCCUGACUCGUCAGGUUGUGCAAGAAUUGUAUAUCUCUCUUGCGACUGGAUUCAAGAAGCAUCGGUGGCUCGACCUGCAAGUGCACGCAUGCCCUGGAAGCAGGCUUUCUCACUGCAGGGAAUGCUGUGCUUGCAACAAAGGCGGGAGCGAUAAAUUUCAUGCCUGGAAUGAGACUUAUCAUGGGGAGGCCCGGGAGAUGCUGCUGACCUUGGAUGGGAAUGAUGCAGGCAAACUGCAACCUCGCCAAAAAAAAACACAAAAAAAAAAACACAAAAAAAAACCCCCCAUUAAUAGUAGCAGGGCACGAUCUACUACCAUCAAUGACAGUGUCUGAAACUCGAAGGAUUCCUCC